GGUUGCAGGUGGCGUGGGCCCUGGGGCCACCCUCCUCCAUCCAGCUGCGGGCAAAGUCAGGUUGUCCCUCCCAAGGAAAGAGCGGGCAGGAGGGCAGGCCUGGGGCUCAAGAGAAGGCCCUGGAGGAGACCCUGGGCCCAGGUUCGGUGUUCAGACUCCGGGCUGCAGCCUCCUCCUUCCUUUGCCCGGAAACGGCCCCCGCGUGUCCCACCCCUGGUGCCCUGGCCUCACCCUCUCCCCGUCUCGUUGCAGGAAAUUCUACUACAUCACGCUGCUGCGCGACCCCGUGUCCCGCUACCUGAGCGAGUGGCGGCACGUGCAGCGGGGGGCCACGUGGAAGACGUCGCUGCACAUGUGUGACGGGCGCACGCCGACGCCCGAGGAGCUGCCGCCCUGCUACGAGGGCACGGACUGGUCGGGCUGCACGCUGCAGGAGUUCAUGGACUGCCCCUACAACCUGGCCAACAACCGCCAGGUGCGCAUGCUGGCCGACCUGAGCCUGGUGGGCUGCUACAACCUGUCCUUCAUCCCCGAGGGCAAGCGGGCGCAGCUGCUGCUGGACAGCGCCAAGAAGAACCUGCGUGGCAUGGCCUUCUUCGGCCUGACCGAGUUCCAGCGCAAGACGCAGUACCUGUUCGAGCGGACGUUCAACCUCAAGUUCAUCCGGCCCUUCAUGCAGUACAACAGCACGCGGGCGGGCGGCGUGGAGGUGGGCGAGGACACCAUCCGGCGCAUCGAGGAGCUCAACGACCUGGACAUGCAGCUCUACGACUACGCGCGGGACCUCUUCCAGCAGCGCUAUCAGUACAAGCGGCAGCUGGAGCGCCGGCAGCAGCGCCUCCGGAGCCGCGAGGAGCGCCUACUGCACCGGGCCAAGGAGGCGCCGCCCGCGGGGGACGUCGAGGAGCCGGGCCGCGUGCCCACCGAGGACUACAUGAGCCACAUCAUCGAGAAGUGGUAGUGGCAGCCGGCGGGGCGGGGUGGGGGGCCCGAGACCAGACAGACGGACGGACAGACUGACCACAUGCGGCCCCCGGAACUCCAGCAAGAGAGCCCUCAUCCGCUCAUCUGAGCCAAGUCGGGGGAGAUGGGGCGUGGGCUCCUCCUGCCCUCCCAGGCCGGGGUCUGAGAAGUCAGCCCGGGAGCCUCCUGGGUCCGAGGGAUGCGUGCUUGCGGGAUGGCCUGCCCGGGUUGGGGGCAGACAUGUCCCCGCCCUCCCAGCCCCCACCUCACUAUCACGACAGCCGCAGGUUUGAAGAUGAGGAAAAGCCAGGGCAGUGGAGAGCAGACCCGCCAGGCCAGGAGCGUGGCUCUGCCCGCACUCUCCCCAGGCUCAGGCCACCCAAAGCCCCUCAGCCUCUGGGGACCCCCUGGCCCCAGUGCCUGCGUGCAGCCCCCUCCCUGGGGACACAGGCAGCCUAAAUGGAACUCCCAGCUCGCCCACCCCUUCUGAAGCCAAGAAAACUAGUCCAGCCCCUGGAAAGCCCACUUUCCUCUCUGGCCCAAGGUCAAAAACCACAGUCCGACUUCAUGCUUUGGGUCGGGAGAUCAAAGCACAUCCCCUGGGGUGCCCCCACCAUUUUCCACAGUCUGCAGACUGAGGGGAUAUGGGGAGACAGGCCCCACACUGCAUUUCCACGGGCAGAGAGCAUCCCACAUUGGGAAGUCCAUGGUGAGGAUGCAGCUGCCUGUGUCCAAGCAGUCCCCCUAGCUGACCUUUGGGGUAACCACCCAGCCAGACCAGCUCAGACAGGAGAGAGGGGUGGAAACCUGGAGCUCUCCCUGCCCCAGCCUCCUUUCUGACCCUCUGGACUUUGUUAGUGGACUGGCCACAGCCCCACGACCCCAUGAGUGAAGUUCCAUCAAGCAUGCAUUGGCAGGAACACUGCAGACCACAGCCACUGCCCAUGAGCCAUAUUUUGGGGCCAUGGUGGCCCAUGACGGCCAGGAAAGAGUCCUCGGGCUUCCACAUUCUCAACUUGGGUUGGACAAAACAGUUCUGGGUGGCUCCCUAGUAUCCAGAUGCACAGCCCUGCACCCCGGGCUUCCCCACGUUUCCCUGCACCCCCGCCCCUGCCAGCUGCUCGGGCCUGUUCCCAGCAGCCCUGCAGAUUGGAGAAGCCAUGUUCAGUUGAUUGUAGACACUCUCCCCACACCCAUCCCCCAUGUGCUCAAAGAGGUCAGGCCAGCACCUCUUCCGGAUGUGCCCUCCCCGCAUGAGACCCGAGCUUUGGGGGCUGAAUGUGAGCCCCACCCGAGGGGGACGGGCACCCUGUCUCUCCAGGAAGAGCCUGUGUGCCGCCAGGCUGCCGAGGGCAGAUCCUGCCCGGGUUCCCCAUCCCAGGUGCUCUCCUAUGGAGUGAAGGGGUGGGAGCACAGAACCUUCCACAGCACAGGAUACGCUCAGGUGUGGUCCAGUGAGGGGCUACCCGGAAAGCAGCGGCUUGAGUCCUUGCUGGUCUGGCAUAAGGGCCCCCUUUCAGCUUCCUACCCUGGCCACGUCAUCUUGCAGUCCAAGGGCAAGUGGUCAGCCGGCUGGGGUGGGCCCCAUGCCAGCCCAGCCCAGGACCACCUCCGAAGGGGACAUGUUACACUGAGGAGGUGAGCGCUCAGGCGAUUCAGUGGCUCUUGUAGAGGAAUGCAGAGGUCAGCGUGGGGGUCUGCUCUGGUACUUGGGGGUGGGCCGUGCUCAGGAGAGCCCUUGGGGUCUUGCUGUGGCCUCCUGUCAGGCCGAAGGCUCAGCCCUGUCCUGCCUGAGCCCCUGGGCACCCGUCUGGUGGCCUGGCUCCUGCAGCCUUCGUCAGGGUGGGCUCUUGCGUGUGCAGGCCUGAGCGCAGGAUCUGUUCUGUACAUAAUGGAAUGUUUAACUCAUGGCCCGUUGUCCCAAGUCACACGGAUACAUGGCCUCGCGGUUUCUCUGCUGCCUCUGGAAGGAGGUCCCGGCUCUGCCAGCACCCGGGUCCACCUUGGUGCCAGGGACCGUGCCCCUCAGCUGCUGGGGUCUCCCGUCCAGCACUGCCCGCCCAGGCUGCCUGCUUUGCGGGGAAGGCUCCUUGUGCCCGCAGCAUCUCCUAAGCCGCAAGCUGGGGCUCCAGGGAAGGGGUACCCUCCUACGAUGGGCUCUUCCCAAAGCUGAGGGACAGAAGUAAACACAAAGUGAGGGAACAGCCCCCCACAUGCGCCAUCCUGCACCAUCCUCUCCCGGAGGAGGACCCGGGGCCGGCAGAACUGUCCGAGCAACGAGUCUGUGAACUUUUUGGGAACUGGAAGGGUUUAACUUGAACCCAGGAGCGUUUAAAGCUUUAUUUAUUUAUAGCUUCUUAUUAAAAAAAAAGUGUUGAGAAGAAACCUUUGGUUACUCAAAAACGAGUCAAUGAUGGAAAAACCAAGUCAUAAUCACUUAAUUGUUUUUGUCUAGGUCAAGAAGGAAUGUUAGCAGAUGAAAUAAACCCUGAAAAGGAG